AUGUCCAACGAGGCUCUGGCAGACGACGAGGUUGCGGCCCAGGUCCGGGCGGCCAUCGCCGGCGAUUUCCAGCCGAAGCACGUCAAUGGCUUCCCUAUGAGGCCUGACGAGGGCUCGAUUGACCCGGCCCAGCCUUCAAUGGCGAAAAGGCUCAGGGCGGGAGCAGCCUCCAAGGAUUCAGGCUCCUCCGAACCUCGACCACCGACCGGCGCCGAGAAAGCCCCACCCCGUCCUCUGGCGGGCGAGUCUGCCCCCUUGUCGCCAAAGCGGGUUGAGGCACCUCACCCCCAGGGGCAGGAGGGAGCCCCCGAGCCCCCCGGCUCUAGGGUCGAGGGGGACCCUAUCACCAUAAGUGACGGGUCUGGCGGUGAUGGGACUUCGAGGGAUGUCCGUCCUAUGGACGAGGAGGCCCAGACCUCUCAUGUCGUGGGGCGGACGUCUUGGCCCGCCGGGCUUCGCUCCAUCGAGGAGCAGAGGAAGAAAGAGGAGGAGGACCGUGAGCAUGAGGCGCGGCGGCAGCAGCGGGAGGAACAACAGAUGCCGCCGGCGGGAGGAGAGGCGGGGCAGCCGUCAGUAGGUCCCCAGCUCGAGGGGACGCUGGAGCGGGACCGUCGCCAGGAACCGCAGGGGCCCUAG